AUGUAUGUUUUCAUUAUAUACAACAACGAAUUUUCAGCACGACUAUCAAUUGCUUCUAUCUUGAGGCUUCGUGGAGCAGCACUUACGGCAGUGUCACAAGAUACGGCUGAGUCAACCAUAACCUCCAAACUUGCAAGCAGAUUUCUGUUUCUUAGCAAAUGUGAAAAAAGUAAGGAUGAGACAAAAAUCCAGAAUUUGAAUUCAAAUUCUCAUGCUAUGGUAGCUGAAGACGGGAAUCUUCAAGAUCACAACAGCGAGUACAGGAGGAGUAAUGAGCUGGCCUUGUUUUUUCUUUCUUUUGUGCAUGAAAUUUUUAGGGAUUAA